CGACUCGGGGCGGCGGGCGCGGGCGCCCGGCGCGGGGUUCCUCCCACGCAGCCUCCCAUUCAAACGAUGCCGAAGGGGCGGCGCGGCAGUCAGAGCCCCACGAUGAGCCAGCGGCCCGCCCCGCCCCUAUACUUCCCGUCCCUCUACGACCGCGGCGUGUCCUCGUCCCCGCUCAGCGACUUCAACAUCUGGAAGAAGCUCUUCGUGCCGCUGAAGGCGGGCGGGGCGCCGGCCGGUCGGGCCCUGCCCCAGGCGCCCCCGGCCCCAGCGCCCCCACCGCCGCCCGGCCUGGGGCCCCCCAGCGAGCGUCCCUGCCCCCCGCCCUGGCCCUCCGGCCUGGCCUCCAUCCCCUACGAGCCUCUGCGCUUCUUCUACUCGCCGCCGGGGCCCGAGGUGGCGGUGUCGCCCCUGACCCGCGGUCCCACGACCCCCGGGCUCGCCUCUGCCUCUCACCCCGAGGAGCUGUGCGAGCUGGAGAUCCGGAUUAAGGAGCUGGAGCUGCUCACCAUCACUGGGGACGGCUUUGACUCCCAGCGCUAUAACUUCUUGAAGGCGCUGAAAGAUGAAAAGUUACAAGGACUGAAGACCAGGCCUGGAAAGAAGUCGGCCUCUCUCUCCUGAGGAGCUGCCCAGCAGAGUCUGGGCGGCCACCUCCUUCGGUGUUAGUGCUUAGAUAAUGUCUCCUGUUUGUUGUCAUUUCAAAGAUCGUUAUUUUCUGUUCUGUAUUUACUGCUGUUCUUGUUGCUCCCAGCACGUACUUCACAUACAGUGCCCACUUGAGUGGUAAA